AUGUCUGGGCCGGCCGGACCUGCACCGCCCGCCGGGGCCGGGUCGGAACUACCGGACCUGAGCCACCUGACGGAAGAGGAGCGGAGCAUCAUCCUGUCGGUGAUGGAGAGGCAGAAGAAGGAGGAGGAGAAGGAGCAGAGCAUGCUCAAGAAGCUACAUCAGCAGUUUGAGAUGUACAAAGACCAGGUGAAGAAGUUGGGGGAGGAGCCGCCGGCAGUUCAGACGGUGAGGGCGGAGUCUCCCACCUGCGGCGUUUGUCGCAAGACGAAGUUCGCCAACGGCUGUGGCCGAGCCUGCUGCUACUGUCAGAGUCUGUUUUGCGCCCGCUGCGGGGGGCGUGUCCAGCUGAGAGCCAAUAAGGUGAUGUGGGUGUGUAACGUGUGCAGGAAGCAGCAGGAGAUUCUCACUCGGUCCGGGGAAUUUUAUUCCAACACAUCACUGCUGUCCGUCAACCACAGUUCACAUGGGGCUCCACACCCACCAACGCUGGCACCUCCAGGAGCCACGGGGCCAAUGAGCAACGGUGCCACAGAGCGGAGGCGGAGCCCCUCAGGGUCGUAUUAUGAUGGUGGGGGAGGCAGGAUGCUUACCUCACCCUCGGACCUCGGUCUGGAACGCCGUGCUCGCUCACCACACAGCUACCACGGUAAUGGGGAGGAGGAGCUGCGGGCCCGGAGACGACCAAUCAGAGACGGGCGUGGCCGCUGGCACUCACAGGACCACCCUCUGGACCAGGUUCAGGAUGAGCGUGAGCUGCGGCGGCGGCAGGAGGAGGAGUUUCAGGCUCGUUACCGUAGCGACCCCAACCUGGCUCGAUACCCAGUAAAGCCACAGCCAAGUGAGGAGACCAUGAGGAUGCUAGCUCAGGUCGGCAGGGUCCGCCACCAACGUCGUCACAGUGAUGUCUCCCUGGCAACUGCUGAGCCAGAUCACAUGACCUUGCGACACCCAGCUCUCCGUCAGAAUCGACCGCCUGGAGGUCAGAGGUCGUUCUCUGUGGACCGAUCAGCCAAUCACAUCAGCCCCACAUCUCCCCGCCGCAGCCCGUUACCACAGCAACACCUGGACCCGAGCUCCGCCCUCAAGAGGAAAUCGGUUAACGAAAGUGCAGUGCAGAGGGGGCGGAGAAUGGGGAAAAUGCAUGUGAUCGGUAGCUUCAGCAGCUCGGAGGAGGAGCUAGUGACCACGCCCGACUAUACCAGCUGCGACGAGCAUGACAGAGACAUGGACAGCCAAUGGUGGGAUCAUGGUACCUGGCACGGCGAGCCGGCACCCAUGUCUAUGCAGCCAGUCACAUGGCAACCGUCCAAGGAUGGAGAACGUCUGAUUGGUCGAAUUCUGCUGAACAAGCGGAUGAAGGACGGGACGGUUCCCGCGGAUACAGGAGCGCUACUAGGACUCAAGGUUGUUGGGGGAAAGAUGACAGAGUCCGGACGCCUCUGUGCUUUUAUCACCAAAGUGAAGAGAGGAAGUCUGGCUGACACUGUAGGCCACCUGAGACCAGGUGAUCAGGUUCUGGAGUGGAAUGGUCGGGUUCUUCAGGGGGCCACGUUUAAUGAGGUCUACAACAUCAUCUUGGAGUCCAAACCAGAACCACAGGUGGAGCUGGUGGUGUGCCGACCGAUUGGAGAUGUUUCCAGAGCAGCAGACGCCUCUCAUGUCCAACUGGACUCCAGUUCCAGUUCCUUCGACUCCCAGAAAGUUGGUCCAUCCAUCUCCGUUACGUCUCCCAUGAGCCCCAGUGUUCUGUCCGGACAGGUGUCUGUCAAGCUGUGGUAUGAUAAAGUCGGUCAUCAGCUGAUUGUAACCGUUCUCGGAGCCAAAGAACUUCCCGUUCGGGAAGACGGCCGACCCAGGAACCCCUAUGUCAAGAUCUACUUCCUACCAGACAGAAGCGAUAAGAGUAAGCGAAGGACGAAGACAGUGAAAAAGUCAGUGGAACCUCGGUGGAACCAGACCUUCAUGUACUCUCCGGUUCACCGACGCGAGUUCAGAGAACGAAUGUUGGAGCUGACAGUCUGGGACCAGGCUCGAGUCCGAGAGGAGGAGAGCCAGUUCCUGGGGGAGGUUCUAAUAGAGCUGGAGUCGGCUCUCCUGGACGAUCAGCCUCACUGGUACAAACUGCAGCUCCAUGAUGUUUCGUCGGUGCCGCUGCCCAACGCCUCCCCCUACCUUCAGAGGAGAGGAAUGCAGGCUGAGCACGCACAAAGCAGCAGGAGGCUGCAGAGGUCUCAGAGGAUCAGUGACAGUGAGUUUUCAGAUUAUGACUGUGAAGACGGCAUCGGAGUGAUAGCAGACUACAGACAGAAUGGUCGGGACUUCCAUAGCUCCACCCUCUCAGUGCCGGAGCAGGUGAUCACGUCCAAUCACUGCUCCCGAUCCGACGUGGUCCGGAUGAGGUCACGGUCGCCGAGCCAACCGCCUCCUCAAAGGUACAGCCGGGGGAUGGACCGGAGGGAUUACUAUAGCCGCUCCCGCUCAGCCGACCAGCGAGCGAUGGCCGACCGGCCUGUCUACACGCGCUCGCACUCCACUGACCGAGCCGACUCCGCCUACCUGAGGUCUGGACGCUCCGCCCCUCCCUCACCUGCCCCGACUAGGGCAAAUGCUCGAGGUGGUUCCACCCUAACAAGUCCAACAGGAACGCCGGUCUGCAGCCGCCGAGGUCGCCAGCUUCCCACCGUCCCACCUAAAGGUGCUCCAGACAGAAGUGUGAUGAAGGACCCUACAAAGAUGAGAGACAGCCUGUCCUUCAAAUCAUCAGACAGCGACGUCAGCGAUGUGUCCGCAAUGUCCAACACCUCUGAAACCCGAACUAUCCGCAAGAUCAGGGCAGCACCAGCUGGCGCUCCUCUCACCAAGUCCUCUAGUGUUGGUGGGGAGAUUUGUUCGUUGGGAAGAAACGAUGACGAUGACGACGACAAGAAGCGUCGCUCGAGCUUCGGAGCGAGGAUGAUGGGAAUGGUCGGACUGGGAAAGAAGAGUCAGAGUGCCUCGCAGCUCAACCCAGAAGAGGAGGAGAAGAAGAAGAAGGUGGUGAGACUUCCUGUCCAGAGGAGUGUAGAAACAGGUUUAGCGGUCGAGUUUAAAUCUCGCUUCACCCGACAGCCGAGUCGAGACCCAGACGCUGAGGAUCCCAAACCUGGAGCUCUUAUAUUUCCGGGAGUGAAAUUGGCAACAGACAAACAGUUCACUGGUUUCCUGGAGGGAUUAGGCCCCGCCCAGCUGGCUGGACGGCAGACUCUGGCCACACCCCCAAUGGGUGACAUCCAGAUCGGAAUGGUGUACAGGAAGGAGCGUCUCGACGUGGAGGUGAUUCGAGCCCGGGGGCUUGUGGGUAAACAGGGCAACAAGAACACUCCAGCUCCCUAUGUGAAGGUGUACCUGAUGGACAACGGCAAGUGCGUAUUGAAGAGAAGAACUCGUCUGGCGAGGAAAACGCUCGAUCCUCUAUAUCAGCAGCAACUGCAGUUUGAGGAGAACCCUGAGGGAAAAGUGCUGCAGAUCAUCGUCUGGGGUGACUAUGGCCGGAUGGACCAUAAAUCCUUUAUGGGUGCUGCUCAGAUCCUAUUGGAUGAUCUGGACCUGUCCAACAUGGUGAUUGGCUGGUUUAAACUGUUUCCUGCCACCUCAUUGGUGGACCCCGCCUUGGCCCCGCUGACCAAUAAGGAGACAGAGGGCAAAUCGUAG